AUGUGCAAAAACGUUUACUGGCACUGCAUCCUCUGCAACGCAACAAUCGGCAACUCGAGCAUCCCAGACCUUUGUCAUUAUGCCACAAGCAAUGGCCGAUCCCAUUGUAUUCGACAUGUUUUACCUGCAGAGAAGAAAGAAGGCCUCGCCGCGGCCGUCGCCGUCGCCAUCACCAUGGCAGGUACUAUCCAGCACCAGCGACAACAUCAGCAGUUGUAG